AGAAGUGAAGUAUACAAAUUCAACGAAUGUCAACAAAAUUGUAUUUUUCAACGGUUACCGAUUCCCUGUCCCGGGUUCAGGAGUUGGUUUUUAUGGAACUGAUUGAUCAUAAAGUGCGAUAAUCCAUAAAUCCUUCGCCGAAUUGAUCGAUAUCAAGAUGUAUAUCAAGUCUAUAACGUUAGACGGUUUUAAGUCAUACGGAAAUCGUGUGGAAAUUAGUGGUUUUGAUCCUGAAUUCAACGCUAUCACUGGGUUGAACGGCACUGGAAAGUCAAAUAUACUGGAUGCAAUAUGUUUUGUCCUAGGAAUCUCAAAUUUGACGAACGUGCGUGCCGGCAGUUUGCAAGAUUUGAUAUACAAACAUGGCCAAGCAGGCAUUACUAAGGCUACUGUGAGCAUCAAAUUUGACAAUACAAACAGGGACCAGUGCCCCAUUGGCUUGGAAGCCCAUGAAGAGUUCACCGUUACUAGACAGAUUGUAAUGGGAGGCAAGAACAAAUACUUAGUGAAUGGCCUGAAUGUUCAGAACAAGCGAGUGACAGAUAUGUUCUGCUCAGUGCAGCUCAAUGUGAACAACCCUCACUUCCUCAUCAUGCAGGGCAGGAUCACGAAAGUGCUGAACAUGAAACCUCCUGAGAUCCUGGCUAUGGUAGAGGAGGCAGCUGGUACACGAAUGUAUGAGACUAAGAAACAAGCUGCAGAGAAGACCAUUGAGAGGAAAGAUGCCAAACUCAGGGAACUUAAUGAGAUCAUAAGAGAGUCAAUAGCACCGAAACUACAAAAGCUACAAGAUGAAAGAGCUCAGUUUCAAGAAUAUCAGAAAGUUGUACGGGAACUCGAAAAUCUCACUAGACUGCACAUAGCUUACAAUUAUGUAACUGCAGAAGAGAAAACUAAGGAGGCGGAAACUAAACUCACACAAGUGGAAGAUGAAGUAAAGAGUAAAAAAGAACAGAUAAAACAAAAUGAACUAGAUAUCAAGGAUUUUGAAAAACAGAUAUCUGAACUUAAUAAGAAGGUGGAUGAGGAGAGCGGCGCCCCGCUGCGCCAGCUGGAGGCGGAGCUGGGCGCGGCGGGCGCGGCCGAGGGGCGCGCGGCGGCGGGCGCGGGGGCGCGCGACGCGCUGGGCUCGCACGAGGCGCGCGCGCGCCUGCUGGCCCGCGCGCUGGCCGACGACGAGGCGGCCGCGCUGGCCAAGCGCCGCGCACUCGACCACGUCGAGGCCACCUUCGACUCCUUGCGGGAGAAACACCAGCAGUCCACUGCCGUGCUCGCGGACGCCCAGCAGAAAUUUUUGGAAGUCAGUAGUGGACUCGAAGGUGCCUCGGAAUCUCUGCAAGAUCAGCUGAUGGCCGCUAAACAAGAAGCGUCAGAAGCGGCGACUCGCAUAUCGCAGAGUGCGAUGGAGAAGAAACAUGCAGAGAAUCGACUGAAGGCACUGGAGAGGGAGUUCGCCAGUAGCAGCGCCCAGUACCAGCGCGACAUGGAGAACAUCGGACGCCACGAGGCACAGCUCGCCGAGCUACAGGCGGAGUUGGCGCGGCUGGCGGGCGCGGCGCGGCGCGAGGCCGAGCUGGCUGAGACAGUGCGGGGCCUGGCGCGGCGCGAGCGAGCUGCGCGGGACCAGGUGGAUGCGCUUGCGCCGCGCCUGGCGCGUUGCAAGCUGCGUUACUCCAAGCCCGAACCGGGAUUCGAUGACAAGAGGGUGUACGGCACUAUUUGUAGAUUAAUAGACGUGCGUGACCCCAUAUAUUGUACUGCUCUGGAAACUGCAGCGGGAGGACGCCUGUUCAACGUGGUGGUGGACACGGAGGUGACCAGCAAGCUCCUGCUGCAGCGCGGGCAGCUCGAGCACAGGACCACCAUCGUGCCGCUCAACAAGAUCAACGGACACGUCAUCGACCGCGCCACCGUCGAGCUGGCGCAGCAGAUCGGCGGCGGGCCCGGCAACGUGCAGCUGGCGCUGGACCUGCUGCAGUUCGACGCGGCGCUGCGGCCCGCCAUGGCGUGGGUGUGGGGCUCCACGCUGGUGUGCCGCGACCUGGACACGGCCAAGCGCGUCACGUUCCACCCCUCCGUGCGCCGCCGCACCGUCACGCUGGACGGCGACGUCUUCGACCCGUCCGGCACGCUCUCCGGCGGAGCGCGCCUCAAGGGGGGCUCCGUGCUCAUGCAGCUGCAAGAACUCAAGAAGUUCGAAGAGGAACACAAGGCGAUAAGGCAGCAGCUGUCGAGGUGUAACGACGAAUUGAAGUCUUUGCAGCAGGCCGGCGAAAGACAUACCAGCGCCCAACAGAAGUUCGACGUGAUGUCUCACGAGUUGGACGUGAUCAAGGCUCGACUGGCCACCACGUCCCACGCGCAGACGCACGAGGAGAUCCAGAGCCUGCGCGCGCGCGUGGACGAGCUGGGCGCGGCCGCGGCGCGGGACCACGACGCGCGCACUCGCGCCGACGCGCGCGCCGCCAUGCUGCAGCUCAAGCUGGCCGACCUCAAGGGACACCGCGACAGGGAGUUCAAAAAAGCUGAAGAAGCAUUGAAGAAAGCUAAAAAGGAUGCAGAAUUCCACAGCAACUCUUGGAAACAGCACGAACAGGAGCUCGAGACGUUGAAACUCGAAGUGUCAGAGCUGGAGAAAGCCGUGGCGAGCAGUAAGCAACAACUGGCCGAGAACAGCGCGGCCGCCGAGCGCCUCAAGCAGGACGCCGAGCGGGCCGCCGCGGAACAUAGCGCCGCCGCCAGUGCAGUCAAAGACAUACAGUCGCGCAUAAAGAGCCAGAAGGCGGAGAUAGCGAGUCGCAACACGGAGAUCUCGCGAUUAUUGCAGAAAAAGGAAAAAUUGCACAAAAGUAACGGCGAGCACGAGCUGAAGAUUCAAGAGUUGGAAUACAGACUGAAUGAGCUGCAGACUGAGGCUGCUGAACUGCGUGCUAAGAUUACAAACUUGGAAAAAGCGAACCCGUGGAUCAGUUCGGAGCGGUCGUACUUCGGUGCGCCGGGCGGUAUCUUCGACUUCCAGGCGCGGCAGGCCGGCGCCGCCGCCGCGCGGCUGCAGCAGCUGCAGGCGCGCCGCGACGGACUGGCCAGGGGACUCAACGCGCGCGCCCAUACCCUGCUGGGCAAGGAGGAGGAGCAGUACCAAGAACUGCUGCACAAGAAGCAGAUAGUGGAGGCAGACCGCGCGAAGUUAGUGGAGGUGAUGGCGGAGCUGGACGAGAAGAAGAGGAAGACGCUGGUGGCGGCGUGCGAGCAGGUCAACAAGGACUUCGGCUCCAUCUUCUCCACGCUGCUGCCCGGCGCCGAGGCCAAGCUCAUGCCGCCCGAGGGCCAGACCGUGCUCGACGGACUCGAGGUGAAGGUGGGGUUCAACGGGUCGUGGAAGGAGUCGCUGGGCGAGCUGUCGGGCGGGCAGCGCUCGCUGGUGGCGCUGUCGCUGGUGCUGGGCAUGCUGCGCUGGCAGCCCGCGCCGCUCUACGUGCUGGACGAGGUGGACGCCGCGCUCGACCUCUCGCACACGCAGAACAUCGGACUCAUGCUGCGGACGCACUUCCGCAACUCGCAGUUCAUCAUAGUGUCGCUGAAGGACGGCAUGUUCAACAACGCCAACGUGUUGUUCCGCACGCGCUUCGUGGACGGCAUGUCCUCCGUGCAGCGCACCACCAACGCGCCGCGGUAGGCUGGGUGCACUACACCCGGCUGUGUUCCGACUCAUGCAUUUAAUGAUUUAUUCCUAACAAUCUUGGAUUACAUUUAUUAUUAGUCCUACAAGAUACACAUGUAUCUGUAUCCUUAGUACGAGUUAGCUUUACGUUUAAAGCAAUCGAAAUGAGAGCACGUUUAGCGAUCUGAUUGGCCGGCUCAACGUAAAGGAAACUCGUACUAAGCAUACUGUAUUAAAACCGUUUUCGCGGUUCGUAGUUUGGUACAAAUGUUACAAUCCAAAUUUAAGGAAACUACUAAACCGAUAUAAAAGAAACUUGAUACUCACACUUUCGAUACUCGUAAAAAGUAAAAAAAAACAGCGAGAGACAAAUUGGGAUAUGCAUGUUUGAGUGCUCGUCGGCUUUUUGGAGGGGGAAACCGUCCAAUAAGUUAACAGAAGAGACUAUGUCGGACUCUUGGCAAUCGGCGAGGCAGUCCGCACCCCGGACGAGACAGAAGUCCCCGGCCGCCGGGGAUGGCCCUGGAGGCCUAAAGUAUAUUUUGAAAUAUCCUCAAUGUUAAUAAAUGUAACCUUACUUUACUAGUAAUAAACUGGUAGUAUUUUCAAAUAAAAUAAAGUAAAAUGUUUUAAACUAUAUUUCAAGUCAUUGUUUUCUUAUAUUGCGUGUUAGUUUCAUUAAAAUCGGUUCAUUAGUUUCCUUGAACGUAAAAAAUGUAUGUAUAGCGUAAACGUAAGUUGCGGAAAUCGGCACUGUUUAUGUAAUCUUUUGAAAAAAAGAAACGGGUGAUUUAUACUAUUCUGCAUUAUUCUGCAUAUUACUAUUGCCGAUGUUCAUUAAUUGCAUGUUCACCUAUAAUUUCUGCGGAUUAGAUAAAUCACCUGAUUACAGUGCCUUGAAAAUUUGUAAAUUAUUAAAUAAAGUAAGUUGUAAGAAUUACAUAGUUUUACAUAGGUACGUAAGUUUACCGUCGUAGUACACAUUAGUAAGGUACAUUACUCGUUCGACGCCCAAGAUAUGAGUAACUCGGCGCGUACUGUAGGUGGUUAUGAAGACCUGCACAGAUUACGAUGUAUAAAUGGUCUUUAUUUGCUCUUUAAUAAAAAUAAAUGAUAUUAAUAAUUGA